AUACUUCUGAAGGAUUUGAUAAAAUGUGCCAAAAGCGAACAUGAUGUGAAAAUUGCGGAAAUAGCGAGAUUAGACUCGUAUCUCCUCCGACAAACAGACCGAGAAAGAGCCUGGAAUGAGGAAAGAUAUGAAAGGGAAAAAAUUGAAAAACGGAGUAUGCAAAACGAGGUAGAACGCCUCCAAGCCCGCCUGGAUGAGCAGGUACACUACCUAGAGACAUUGGCAAAAACCACAAAUGUUGACACACAGCACACAAGCGGGAUCACCAGCCUGUCACACUUCGACCCACGGGGGUGCAAUCCUGGGACAGAUCACACAAAAAGUAUGGGUAUCGAUCAAAAUAUCCGUCACAAAGAAUACCCCUCACAAUUCGAGAGAAGGGAGGGAGACAUACAGACAAAACAAAUUGAGACUGACGACCCCAAAGCUGGAGGGAAAGGAAAAAUAAAAAAAAAAUUGGCAGGAUAUGCAGUACAAAUAAAAACGGAGAAAAAAGAACACGAGCAACUCGAAGACAGGGAUCACCCACCACAAAGACGCACACUGCGCAAAUAUGACCAACCGGGUAGUGCAGACAGCUCGCCAGAAACACACGCGACACGCACACACGACCAACGCAGAACCAACCACAGAGAUCACUCACCACAAAGACGCACCCUGCGCAAAUAUGACCAACCGGGUAGUGCAGACAGCUCGCCAGAAACACACGCGACACGCACACACGACCAACGCAGAACCAACCACAGAGAUCACUCACCACAAAGACGCACCCUGCGCAAAUAUGACCAACCGGGCAGUGCAGACAGCUCGCCAGAAACACACGCGACACGUACACACGACCGACGUAGAACCACCAACAGAAAUCACUCGCGAGAGGGACGCGCACUACGCAAGCAUGACCAACCAGAUAGCGCAGACAGCUCACCAGAGAAACACAUGUCACGCAAAACCCACAAAAAAAAACCGACCCGCACCACAGACGACAGCCACAGUGAUUACGACAGUCACGACGCACGGCACCAACAUAAAUCAAACACCAGGCUAGGACAUCGGAAUCUAAGCACCUCGCCGAACAGACACCACACCCAUGGUGGACGGCGUGAAGGCCGAGCUCAGAAACACUCACCACAUAGGCACGAAUCAAGAAGACCACGCACGCCAACACGAGACCAACAUAAGAAACACAAGAACAAGCCAAGAGACAGACACGACUCGUCAGAUAAAGCGAAACCACGACACAGACAAAGGAAACGCGAUAGCAGCGACAGCAGAGACGACUCGAGUGAGCACUCCUCGGAAACCGACGCCACCGAUGAUGACCAACACUCUUUCAACAGUAAAACCCUCAAGCUAAUGGACAAAGCGCUCGUGAGGAUUCCCUAUUUUGAUCCACAGAACAAGAAUCGAGAUAUACACAUUCACAUCGCUAUUGUAAGACAGGAGGCUAAGAUCCGGGGUCUGGGUAAGUCAGAGGAAAAAGCCUGCUUAUUGUCAAGAAGCUUACAUGAACAUGCCAGACCAUGGGUAGCCUCCCUGCCACACAGAGUCAAGAACGAUUUCAAACAAUUAAGCCAGGCAGUAAUUAAAAGAUUUGGGGAAUACUCCACUCUAUCUGAAGGGUUGAACGCGGCAAAACUAAUGACGCAACGUGCAGACGAAGACCCACGAGAUUACCUCCUCCGACUCAAGAGAGCAUAUUACGCAGGCAACGUAGACAACGCCCAGGAAGAAGGGAAAAUAUUAAAAGUGAUGUUCUUCCAAUCACUGAGGCCAGAAAUCAUGAGAAUAGUAGGAAUGAUGUUAGACCCCGAAACGGCCUCCCUACGCCAGAUAGAAAGCAAGGCCCACACGGCCUGGGUGAACGGCCGGAGGACAACCAACAUAGUCAAAACACAUAUCGUCACCAAGGAUAAAGAACGCCUCGACCUAGAGGGAAGCGAACCCCCUGAAAACAACAGCAACAUCACACGGGACGAACAUGGAAAACCCCAGGAGAGGGCGCCAAACCGACAAGAACCAACAUCCACCGGCCAACCACUGAACAAUGGAUCUAAAGACGAGGCAAGAGUAAGCUGGCACCCGCGACAACCACCACCAGGGAAUGCCGACACAAGCGAAUCCUGGAACAACCACGGGGGGUGGAGAGCGAACGAUGGACCACCCACACCCCGGGGAGGCCGACGCCCACCAAACCAAUCACCAUACCGCCUCCCACUGCCAUCUUCAUUAGCCAUAGAGCAUAGACCACCACCAACCAACUGGAAUCGAUAUGCUCACCACAUCCGGAUGGAAAGGGAACCCCUAGAGAACAGGAAGACUCCCAUGCAAACAGCAAAGGCAAGGACAUCAAUAGAACACAUGCAGGAAGAGGACGCACCCAACGCAAAGAUAGCCCAAGUGAACAUCGGAAGCUCAAGAAACCCCGAAGCAGCCACUGAGGUGAUACCCGAGGGUAGAGGUCACCAUCUGGGAGAACUAAUUCCUGUAGGACCGGGCGGACGAGUCCACUUGGAAGUAAGACUUCAAGACACUCUGACCAGCCAGGGCCUGUGUGAUACCGGAGCAGAAAUAUCAAUGAUUUCCGAUCACCUAUUUGGCGAACUCCAGACUGCCCUCCAGCGGAAAAAUGAAGCACUACAGAUGAUGCCAAGUAAGCUUACCUAUUCAGGAUGCGAAGGGACCCACAUGCGACCUUUGGGCAAAGUCAUGAUGAAGCUCACGUUCAACGGGAUCAACAUGAACCAUCCACUAUAUGUCGUACAAUACCCAGGAAAAGAACUGAUUAUUGGGAUCGAACUACUGAAUCGGCUAAAACCCAUUGUGAACCUUGGAUCCCGACAAAUCUGGGCACAAUCAAUACCGGAAUGGCCUAGAGAUCCAGAGGACGAAGAAGAAGAACGAAGCCCCACAGGAACCCAGGUGCUAGCACAAGAACUCAACGACCUGCCACCGACAAUCAAAGACAAAAAUAAGAUUUCGGCUGAAAUACGUACCACUCAACUGAUAACCAACGAACGGGAAAAGGACCUUAAUGAAGCCGACCCACGGCCGGUUUUUCCGAAGGACCAUCACUCCAGAGAAUAUCGACAGCCCACUAGUGGCCAAACAAGUGAACAGGAAACAAAGGGAGAGCCCAAGGGCAAGAGCUCACCCCCUUCGAGUGAAGCAAAGGCGAUCCAGCCACCACUAACACAAAGAAAACACCAAACUGAGCCGCCCGAAACCACGAAGGCCCUAGAUCCAAACCAAGAGAAAAGAGUCCUUACAAUAGAAGAACAAAUAGAACAACAAAUUGAAACAGCAGACGCCCUAGAGAGCGACACUCAACGAGACGAGCUACGACAACUGCUCCAAAAAUACAACUCCCUGUUCUCCAAAGACUCCUAUGAUUGUGGCAAAACCGACCUACAUGUGGUAUCUAUUCCCACACUGGAGGGAGCACCAGCGGUAUACGUGAAGCAAUACAAGAUUCCACUGGCCGCCUAUGAAUCGAUCCAAGAAACCCUAGAGAACCUACUCAAAAAGAACAUAAUCCGGGAAUGCAACUCGACCUACAACUCACCCAUUUGGCCAGUACUAAAACCCACGGGAAAAUGGAGACUCACGAUCGACUACCGACAACUCAAUAAAACAGUUCCCCUAUCUCGAUGGCCCAUGGCAGAAAUCGACCACGGUCUCAACCAAAUAAAAGGCGCAAAGGUACUCACCACAAUGGACCUAGCAAAUGGCUUCUGGACCAUGCCAGUAAAAGAAACCGAUCAAUACAAGUUGGCCUUCACCUUCGACGGAAUACAGUAUACUUGGAAUCGCUGCCCGUUCGGAUACUCGAACUCACCUGCAGACUUCAACAUAUUCCUCCACAAGGCGAUGGGCGACGCAAAAGAGCGAGGCACCAUCGUCUACGUCGACGACAUACUAGUCAAGGACUCCUCAUGGCAAGAACAUCUCAAGAGCCUCCAACAUACCCUUGAACAACUAAAAGAAGCAGGAGCAAAAAUCUCGAUACAAAAAGGGCAAUGGGCACGGAAAAGGGUUGACUAUCUUGGGUAUCAGAUUGGCACUGAGGGAUUGCUACCCCAAACAAACAGAAUCGAAGCCCUCCUCGCACUCAAGUCGCCCAACACAGUCACGACCCUCCGGAGUUUCUUGGGAAUCUGCAACUACCUCCGACAGUUCGUGGACGACUAUGCAGGGAUCACUCGACCCUUAGUCAAACUACUACAAAAGGACGAGCCAUGGGAGUGGGGACCAGAACAGGAAGCUGCAGAAAAAGAAUUGAAACAACAGAUCACAAGAGCAUCCUGCCUAGCCUUUCCCGAGAAAGGAAAGGAAUACUACCUAGAGACUGCCUACUCAGACCACAGUAUCAGCUCGGUACUGUACCAGAGACAAGAGACGGAGAAACAAAUUAUUGCCUAUGCCAGUAAAGCACUCCGGGGAGUAGAGACAAAAUUCUCCGAAUGUGAGAAGGCAAUAUUCGGAAACAUCUGGGCUAUACAACAUUUUCGGAACUUGUUGAAUGGGGAAAAGAUCAUCUUGGAAACAAAUCAUGAAUCCUUGGCGUAUCUCAACAGCAAGAAGAUUCGGGAGGGCCGCGUGACCAGCAGCCGAAUAGCCAAUUGGGCACUGACUCUCCAAGGUUUACCAAUCACAGUAAAAUACGCGAAAAAUAAGAAAAGCCCAGUAGCCCAAGGACUUGCCGAUCUACACGAUUGCACCCUAGAGACCGUAGGAGCACACGACGUAGGGGUACCUCCCGAUGACAGCCAGCACCUCCCCUUUGACAAAGAAACAUGUGCCAACAUACCAAAGGUGUACAUCGAUGGAUGUGCCAAAAUGAAAGAAAACAAGCUCCACGCCGGAGCAGGAAUCAUGUGGGAAUCCGGACCACUCACAGGUAUCCAAGAGGGGUUCCAGCUGGGACCGAAGUCAAACCAGUAUGCAGAGCUAGCUGGGGUACACAUUGCCCUCCAAAUGGCAGCCGAUAACAAGAUACAGACCAUGGUGGUGUGCACCGAUUCUGACUACGUACAAUACAGCUUCCUAAACCACCUACCCAUAUGGAGGAAAAAUGGCAUGAAGAACCAUAGGAAUAGACCGAUCCACCAUCGAGAACUGUUCGAGGCCAUAGACACUAUGAUCCAGCAGAACGACAUGAAGAUAUUUUGGAGGAAAGUAAAAGGGCACUCCAAGAUACCAGGCCAGGAGAAGGCGGGGAACGACCGAGCAGACGCCCUAGCAAAACUAGGAAGCUUGGAAGGCACCCCCUGGAAACUAGAAGACCAACCCAAACCUAACAGACUAGAAGAGCCGACGAACUCAGACUCUGUCGUUAUAGGGUUGGUCACAAGAAGCGGGAAGAACUCAGCAGAAACUGGGACCAGAGCUCACUUGAGCAAUACACAGCCUCCCGAAGACCUGAUCAGAAUGCAACAAGAGGACGAAACAAUAAAGACGCUAGCCGACCAUAUCCAGGAUCCGACAGGAAAACCAAUCACGACAGACAACCUGGACAACAACAAGGAACUCGAGACCAUGCAUAACCAAGUCAGAAGAUUUUCAAUGCGGAAAGGGCUACUGGUAUACACAAACGAAAAAGACGGAAAAACCAGAUGGGUAGUUCCUUUGCAAUAUCGGGACACAAUGCUACAACACGCCACGAUGAACCAUGUAGCGGACAUCGGUGCGAGAUGA